UGGUAUUUAGAAAAAAAUGAAGCAUUUACUCCACCUAAUUCUGACAGUGAUUCUUCUAGCUCAAAAAAUAGUAAAAAAUCUGAAGAAUCUAGUUCAAAAAAUUCAGAUCAAGCAAGAAAAAAACUAAGAGAAGAAGAAUCUGAAAAAAGUGGCAAGAACCUGAAGAAAGCAGCAGAACUUCUUAAAGAAAUCAAGAUGUCCAGAAGUAACUAA